UUGUCCCUCCUCUCGUCUGAGGAGCGCUCUCCAUCUAGCCGCGCAUCCUGCUCCAGAGUACCACCAGGAUGAACCGCCGCUGCACCGACAACCUUCACAUCACUUUCACACUCAUUUAACCCUUCACUCGGACCCCCGACAGCCGCCGCGCUACACCCAUGCUUUGCCCUCCUCUUGAGAUGCGAUACCAUUGCACAAUUUCCCGGAGAAUAUCUUCAUCUUCCGUCGCUCCUCGCUGAUAGAGAGCAUGCCCGACACGGGGACAGGCGCUGCAGCGGCGGCGGCGGCCGCCAGUGGUGCGACCACCGCCGGCGACGGCACCGAGAGCUCCCGGCACAGACACCGAGCGCAGCAGGGAGACGCGGAGAGGCCGGAGCCGGGCGCUGCCCCGCCGCAAGCCUCCUCCGGUGUACUGGAUAAGUUGUUUGGAAAGCGGCUGCUGCAGGCUGGGAGACACAUCAUGUCUCAUAAGUCUUGGAUGAAAACGGUGCCCACAGAGAACUGUGAUGUCCUCAUGACAUUUGCAGACACUACAGAUGACCACACGUUGCUAUGGCUACUAAACCACAUCCGGCUGGGAAUCCCAGAGCUCAUCAUCCAAAUCCGACAUCACAAGCACACACGAGUCUACGCAUUCUUCGUCACUGCAACAUAUGAAAAUUUGCUGCGAGGUGCUGAGGAGAUGGGACUGAGGAAAGCGGUGAAGCCCGAGUUUGGCGGAGGAACGCGAAGCUUCUCCUGUGAGGAGGACUACAUCUACGAGAACAUUGAGAGCGAGCUGUGCUUCUUUACUUCACAGGAGAGGCAGAGCAUCAUUAAAUACUGGAUGGACAAUCUACGUGCCAAACAUGGGGAGGUUCUUCAUAAUAUCAACUUCCUGGAGGGCCAGCCAAUCAUCCCUGAGCUGAGUGCACGAGGUGUGAUUCAGCAGGUCUUUCCUCUCCAUGAGCAGAGGAUCCUCAGUCAGCUGAUGAAGUCUUGGGUCCAGGCUGUUUGUGAGAAACAGCCCUUAGAUGAUAUCUGUGACUACUUUGGGGUGAAGAUUGCCAUGUAUUUUGCCUGGCUGGGAUUUUACACCACUUCUAUGUUAUAUCCUGCUGUGAUCGGCUUUGUCUUGUGGAUGCUCACUGAGUCAGAUCAGACAAGCCGUGACAUCUGCUGUGUGGUGUUUGCACUGUUCAACGUGGUGUGGGCCACUCUGUUUCUGGAGCGGUGGAAGAGGAGGGGGGCUGAGCUGGCGUACAAGUGGGGAACACUGGACGCACCUGCCGAAUCCUUGGAGGAACCACGGCCUCAGUUCCGGGGAGUCAAGCGCUGCAGUCCCAUAACAGGAUGUGAGGAGUUCUAUUAUCCUCCGUGGCGGAGGCGUGUAUUCAGGUGGUUGGUCAGCCUGCCCAUCUGUAUCCUCUGUCUCUGCUUUGUCUUCCUGGUCAUGCUCAUCUGCUUUGAGCUGCAGGAGUUUGUGAUGGGGAUUAAGGAGAUGCCUCGGCUAGCUCGCUUCAUCCCCAAAAUCAUGCUAGCUAUCACUGUGACCGCAUGUGACGAGGUGUACAGGAAAAUUGCCUGCUGGCUCAAUGAUAUGGAAAACUAUAGACUCCAGAGUGCCUAUGAGAAAAAUCUCAUCAUCAAAAUGGUUCUUUUUCAGUUUGUAAAUUCUUAUCUCAGCCUUUUUUACAUUGGAUUCUACCUCAAAGACAUGGAGCGGCUGAAAGAGAUGCUGCUGGUGUUGUCUCUGUUAAGGAGUCUGCAGCGACAGAUCCGGGUCAAUCUGCUGCCUUCCCUCUUCUUCAAGGUCCAGAUGUUUGUGGUCUCUGUUCCCUGGUUCUUCAGGGCUUUACUCAGGUCCAAAAUGCUGGCCACUCUGCUCAUCAUACGCCAGUUCCUUCAAAACGUGAAGGAGGUGCUGCAGCCUUAUCUGUAUGAGCGCCACAAGCUGGGCGAGCUCACACUGCGAGCUGUGUGGGACCUGCUGCUCUCAGUGCUGCUAAAAUAUGCCCGACUGGCAGCUGGAAAAGCCCAGGCUUCUCCUACUGACCAGACCAUGCCAGGACCUGGACUGAGGGGCACCAGGCCCGGCUUGGGGCCGUCAGAAAGAAGGGAAAAGAAGUGUUUAAACGGGGGAUGUGGGGUGCCUGAUGAGGAGGAGGGAGGUGAGAGGGACGAGGCUGACAGCGGCAGGUUCAGUGAAGGAGAGACGGAGGAAGAAAGUCUGAUCGACUGUGGUUUGAAGCUGAGGAAAGUCAGCUUCAUAGAGAAGGUGGACAGAAGGCCAGCCUGCGGUGGGCCCCUCAUGGACAACAGUUUCCUGGAGGAGGGGAGCCCCACAAUGGUGGAAAAGGGAAUGGACCCUGCUUCUGUAUUUGAAAUGUGUGACGAUGACGAUGAUAAUGGCAUCCAUGAUGUGAAGGAGUCAGGUGGGGGAGGGACCGGUGUGGUUGAAGGAAUUAAUGCUGCUGCCGGUGCCGCCGUCGCUGCAGCGGCCGCUGCUGCUGCUGCUGCCGCCAGCGCUGCCCCGCUAUCUUCUGGGUCUGAGAGCAGCACAACACUGCGACACAGAAGAAGAGGCAGGAGCGUAGAGAGACCUGAGCCGAAGACAAAAAGGGAAUCGUGGAUGGAUCCCCCCGAGGAGAGAGAGAGCAACACGCUCACUCAAGCUGAGAUGGAGAGCUGCAUGCAGACCUAUGCUGACACCUUCCAGGACUACCAAGAGAUGUUUGUCCAGUUUGGCUACGUGGUGCUCUUCUCCUCGGCCUUCCCUCUGGCUGCCAUGUGCGCUCUCAUCAACAACAUCAUUGAGAUUCGCAGUGAUGCCUUUAAGCUCUGCACCGGUCUGCAGAGGCCCUUCGGAAUCAGGGUGGAGAGCAUCGGCCAGUGGCAGACUGCAAUGGAAGCCAUGGGCCUGAUUGCCAUCAUAGUGAAUUGUUACCUGAUUGGUCAGUGUGGCCAGCUACAGCGUCUCUUCCCGUGGCUUAGCCCUGAGAUGGCCAUCAUUUCCAUCGUCAUCCUCGAGCACUUUGCCAUCCUCCUGAAAUACGUCAUCCAUGUAGCCAUCCCUGACAUUCCUACAUGGGUCCGAGAGGAGAUGGCUAAACUGGAUUAUCAGCGCAGGGAGGCCUUCAAGAAGCAUGAGCGGCAGGCGCAGCAGCAUUACCAGCAGCUGCAGAGGAGGAAGAGGGAGGAGGAGGAGAGGCAGAGGCAGGCGGAGCAUAUGGCCCGUAGGGAAAGAGAGCGGGACGACAGCAAGGGCGACUCCUCUGGGGAUCACCACCACGACAAAAGUCACAGCAGCAAAUCACGUCCAGGGAGUGGAGGCGGAGGGGGCAGUGGAUCGGACAAGCCUAAAAGGCCCAGCUCUCUGUUAGCCAACAAUAACGUGAUGAAGCUGAAACAGAUCAUCCCACUGCAGAGUAAGUUCUCCUCUGGUGCCCGCUCCCCUCAGUCACCCACUGGAAGUGAACCAAAGCUGCCCGGGUUCCUUAGCUUCAAAUUCCUCAAGUCACCUGAGAAUAAGAAGGAAGGUGCUGCGGCUUCUGCGGCAGCCACCACAGGCACUAACACCACAGCGACAUCUUCAUCAUCGUCAUCUUCAUCAUCAGGUAGCAGCUCUCAGGAGCGUUCUCAGUCACCCAGCAAAGCCUUCAACCCUGGGAAACUGUUUAAUUUUGGGAAAUCUGAGGGGGGGACGUGUGUGAACGGGGCUGCGAUGCCCAGAUCUGGGGAAGGAUCAUCAUCGCAGGCGUCAGAGAGACAACCAUCCAGGUCUGACUUGAACGGCGUUCCUGACGAGAUUCCCUCGCCUGGAGGGGAAGGGUCAGAGAACGGACAUUCAACAGACUUGGACCUGGCCGGCUCUAAAGUCUAGUAGCUCCAUAGAGAAUAAACUUGUCUUUGGUUACAUCUCAACUGAAGAACUGAUGUUUACUGUGAGGAAAGGCCUGACCUACCUUCUGUGUUGUCACAGGCUAUGUGUAGAGGUACUUGAAGGAGAAAGGGGGGAAAAGCUGAAACAGAUGAAAAAUGACUUCUGGUUUGGUUUCUUUUUUUGCUGAGAGACAAAAACAGGUCUUUAUAAGAAAGACGUAAGCCCUCCUAUCAUGACGAAUAAAAAAAUAAAAAAACACACACACAAACACACACACGCACCCCUUACACACAAACAUACAAAUCCUUCCUUGUCUGCAAUACAUAAAGAAAUGCAUGAGCUGCGUUUCUAAUAUUUUUAAGCCUUUAAAGCAGAGAGCUGUGUUUCUUGAGUUCUUCUAGUCAUAAAUUGUAAGCAUCUCGUUGGCCUCCCACUCGGACACAACAGCCUGUUGUGGAGGAAAAAGAUUUUUAAAAAAUGUAUACAGUGGUAUGAACGGAUCACAGAUUGUACAUGGAAUAAAUACAGAGAGUGUUUUUAGAUGUAACAACACAAGUGAUCAUUAGAGAUCUCAUUUUUAACUGUGAGGAAUUCUUGGGCCCUUCGCUUUUAUAUCAAAGUGAAAAAAUGAAAAAGCAAUAUCAGUCAGUGUUUUAAUUAUUCUUAUCAAUCAUCACAUAAAACCCUCCCUGUAAAAGCAUCCCUGAUACAUCACCAGCUUUAUUUUUUAAAGCAGAAGUGAUGUCUGAGCGUUGUACCCUCCUUCCCAUCCUGUGGCAGUUGCAGAUUUGUUUGAAAAGGAAGUAAAGAGCUUAGGAAGUUGAGCUGUCACACCAGUAUUUUUCCCAAGAGAGCAAGUGGAAGAGAAAAACAAGAAAAAGGAAAACAGAAGUAGACGAAGGUGGGUUUAAGAAAAUGGAGCAUGGAAGUCUGUCGUGUGCUGUUCUCCAUCCAAGCCUGUAGAGCACCUUGUAAACACAGAUGGUGCUCCAUUCCACACACUCGAACCAGACUUGGCAAACGAGCGCAAAGUUGAAGAAGUAACAUUUGCACUAAACCCCUACACCCGGCAUAGAAACAUCUCUCCAUCUGCAGGAGAGAAGACCGACACCAGCCUGCCUCAUAACAUUAUGCAAAAGCUGGAUCGUUUUGAUUUCCUCCUUUCACACAGUACAUGCUAUCUCACUCACCCGCCCCUGCUCUCAGCGACUAUGGGAUUUCCUAAAUAUUCUUUUUUAAAUAGUUGCUCUUAUUUAUGUUGAGCUCCAUGUCUCUUUUAUACGCACCAUUUGCUGCAUUGUUUUAUUGCAGUACUGAUGAGGGGAAUUUCCUUUUUUAACCAAAGCGGUAUUUUUCGGAUUAUACUGUUGACCCAUCAACACUGUUUAUGGUGUACAUUUUGUUACUCAAGUAAGCAAGCCCAUCAUAUACCAUUUAUCGGUGUUUCACUUCUGUGAGGUCUCCAGAAGGUGGUGCCAGAGUUUAUUUGCAUAGCAAAAUGUGUUGAACCGCUUGUUCAACUCACUUUUGAUUUACUGUGAUGGGUGUCUAGUCAUCAGCAUACAGUAGAGGCAGUGAAACGAGAGUGUCAGGCAAGUGUUUGAGCGCUUUGAGAGGAAAUUGUACUAUGGUGACAUUUGAGGUACACAGUGAGAAAAGUCUUACAGGCCAUCGAAGAGACAGAAACAUUAACUAUGCAUUUCUACACCAUCACCUUUGGCAAUGAUUUUGGCAAUAACACUGAGUUGUAGGAGACUUUAAGUCUAGACAAACUCCUCCACCCGCAGCACUCAUCUUACUGCAUCAUCCCACAGCCAGACUCCAUUCAUCUUUUCUUUGUGUCCCCCUCAAUUUUCACGCUCUCUUCUCAGCUCCCUCCUGUCUCAUGUUUAUUGUGAGGAAUCUCCCCUGAAUCACAAUUAAAACGAUAACAAUAAUCUCAUCCAUCUAUCGCUAUGCGUCUUCAGAAUCUGUCUCGGAGUGAUGAUGACAUUGAGAUUCAGAAAGUUUUUAUAUUUUGUGGCUGCUUUCAUGUGUCUGUUACACCUUUACAAUAGUCCACCUUUCAGUCACAUGCCUAAAGAAAAUCCGAAAAUGUACUUCCGCAGACAGACAAAAAGAUCUUUGUGACAUUAAAUGCAAUAAGGAAAUAGACAGGAUGUCAAUUUGUGUGGUCACCGUGUCAUUUUACCGUCAAUCUACAGUAUGUCCUUUUUUAUAUUUGGAAAUCAUUGUUCAUUAUAAAUGUAAAGUGAGAGGUGCAAGGCUGAGAGAAAUUUAAUAUGUGUAUCAGUCUCACAGGCUGGUCGUUGUUAAAGGGACACAUGAUAGAGAUCAGGAUGGUAAGCGUAGAUGAGAAUAGUCAUAGUCAUCAAAACCUUUUUAUUGUUGCAGAAUUUGGAUUUCAGGGAUGUGUGACACCGUGAUGCAAUAGAUACCAUCAUUUGAAAGUCGGUGAAAGUUUGUUUAGAAAGUUAGUUUCCAAGCAGAUUAGUCAAGUGAGAAGGCAGAGUCAGGGCAUCACAGUGGAGUUUAGGUCGUGUAUGGUUAUGUAGUUCCUCCUUAUUCAGGGAAAACUUACUUCAUAUAAUAGAAAUUGAUAGCAUUAACCAACUUAUCACUUCUUUCAUCCUUGCACUCUUGGCAGCAGCAACAAAUUCUGCAUGUGGGUCUUUUAAAUAAGCGUUGGUUGAAAAUUAACAAACCUUGAACAGUUUUGGGUAUCAUCGAAAGCUUCAUCAAGAGGCACCCCCAUGCCAGAGACAGCGCCAUCACUGUUUUCUUGGGCCAAGCACAGGCGUCCCUCGCAUGAGGACAGCAGCUCAGACAGCUCAGACACAUCUGUAAUUCACUAUCAAAGCUACAGCGGUUCUUUAAAGGAUUUGGGCUUAACUAGACUUUACAAGCACCAUCAGUCUAAGGGGAAACUAGUAGGGCAGGACUGAAUUUAGUAAAUGUACUCCUGGAUUUUAAGAGUGGAUUUGAACAGGUGAGAUUCUCACCACGGCUACAAUCUGACUCUAACCUCAGAGUUUAAGAUAAGACAUCUUCAUGGAAGCCUCACUUACUGAACAUCAUAUGCUCUUCCAAUGUACCACUGUACAAAAAAGAUCUUUUAAAGAGAAAUACUGGGAAAUGGGAUUAUUUAUUUCUUUUAAUUUAUUUUGUCAUAUUUUUGUAAGACCUGAAAAAUAGUUAAUAAAACUAUUUCAAAUGCA